ACGUCUAAAAUGUUCCAUUUUGAGAAUGAAAAUCAGAACAACUUCAACUUGCCAUCUGGAGACGAUGAAAUUUCGGGAAAUGGGUUGUCAUUUUUGGAUGAAGAGGGGAAUCAAACGGACAAUAAUUCAACACGAAAGCGAAAGGUGGAUGAAGAAGGAUUCGUUCAUCCAACCACACCAGACAUCCCGAAAUCGUCUAUACGAUAUGGGCUCCCCUCAAAGCCUUUUGGGUUUGAAAAGCUUAUAAGCAAUAAUCAGGACAUACCAGCCGAAGGGAGAGGUAGACAGAAUUCCGAUUUUGAUGAAAUCGGCGGAGAAAGUAAUAAUGUGAGACGCGAUGAUGAUGAAUCGGUGAUUUCAUCGGAGGACACAAACGCUUCAGAAAACACUUGUGUUGGGGUAUACAACAAGGCUUCAGAUUCUGACAGUGAAGUUGACAAAUUGACAAAGAAUGAGAAAGUUUCUGAACUCAUUAAAGAGUUGUCUGCAGAUGCAAGAAUGGUUACUAAGCAAUUUGCCGAAACGUUUGAGGACUGUGAAAACUAUGAGACGUUUUGUGUAUCUCAGCUUGAUCAGCUCAUUUCAGAUGCAAUAAGAUUGGAAGAAACACUGAAAAAUCAGAAAGACGCUCUUCGCCAAAGACUUGGUUUUAUUUCCAGAACACUACAAGAAAUGUAGUUUCUUUGCACUGUGCACAUGGUGGUUAUGAGGGGUUUUAAAAAUAUGGAAUUACAACUGAAUAAUCAAUAUAUUUAUGUAAGAUGAUAGUGAUCGCUCAGUGACUCCACUGUAUUAUCUGUGUGUCAGCUACUUGUCAGACCACUAAGAGUUACGAAGGUUUGUUUGCGGUCUUGUGUUAAAGUUCCACAUGGCGUUGCUCGUUUUGAAAUUAAAGCUUCUUUCCUGAUCA